GAAGCGUAGCCGGGGCUGUUGGCGAUGAUGGCGGAGAGUCCGGCUGCCGAGGAGGCGGCUGCGGCCGCGGUGUUGGCGGCGCCGCCGGCGAGCGCAGGGCCAGGAGCUGGAGCGGGCGGCGGCGGGCCCGGGGUGUUCCUGCCGGCCGAGCUCUGGGCGGUGGCGGGGCUCGGGUCGGCCGGGGCCGCAUCCGGAGCGGGUACGGGAGUCGGGUCUGGCGGGGCCUCGGUCCCCGGGAUCCCCAGCUCGGCCGCUGCGGCCGCCGCGGCCGGGGUGCUCCUCUCGCACUCGGCCUUCUGGGACCCCACCACCAGCGGCGACUGGGACGGCGAGAGGCCGAGCCCUGCUUGCCUGCUCCGCAUCAAACGAGAUAUCAUGUCUAUCUACAAGGAACCCCCUCCUGGAAUGUUUGUAGUGCCUGACCCCCAUGAUAUGACCAAGAUUCAUGCGUUGAUCACAGGCCCCUUUGACACGCCUUACGAAGGGGGUUUCUUCUUGUUCCUGUUUCGCUGUCCUCCAGAUUAUCCCAUCCAUCCGCCGCGGGUCAAACUGAUGACAACAGGGAAUAACACAGUGAGGUUUAACCCUAACUUCUACCGCAAUGGGAAGGUCUGCCUCAGUAUUCUAGGUACGUGGACUGGUCCAGCCUGGAGUCCUGCACAGAGCAUUUCCUCGGUCCUUAUAUCUAUACAGUCCCUGAUGACUGAGAACCCUUAUCACAACGAGCCUGGCUUUGAGCAGGAAAGACAUCCGGGAGACAGUAAAAAUUACAACGAGUGUAUUCGGCAUGAGACUAUCAGGGUUGCUGUGUGUGACAUGCUAGAAGGGAAAUGCCCUUGUCCAGAGCCUUUACGGGGUGUCAUGGAAAAGUCCUUCAUGGAGUAUUAUGAUUUCUACGAGGGGGUAUGCAAAGAGCGGCUUCACCUCCAAGGACAGACGAUGCAGGAUCCCUUCGGCGAGAAGCGAGGGCACUUUGACUACCAGUCCCUUCUGCUGCGUUUGCAAGGAAUCCGCCUGAAAGUGCAGGAGAAACACCAGCAGGAGAACCCAGACAUAGACUCAGAAAGCAGCUCCUCUGAGACAGAGACAGACACUCAAGGGAGCAUUAAGGCUUAGGUGCCUCCCACCUGAUCGCUUGGGAACCCAAGACGUAGAGGUGGGAUCUUCUGACUCCAGGCACUGCGGAGGAACCCCGGAGAGACCCAAGAACCCGUCCGGUUCUAGAGCGGGGAGAACCUGGGCUGAGCAGCACCCCUUCAUUGCCUCCUCCAGUGCUCUGGUACACGCUGUUUAAAACAAACGAGGAUUUGAUGCUAAGACUGAACCGGGCUUCUGACAAGCUGUCUUUUGAAAGUGGCUCUUUCUCCGCUGCAGACCCAUGAGCAAAAAUGGCAUAAAGGCAUUCUGGAAGAA